AUGGCCAAAGUGACUCCAACGGUCCCGUCCCCCAUCUACAGGUUGACUCCGCCCACCAUCGUUCUACAGGACAUGGAGGAGGAGCCAGGUGACAGAACCAAUCAGAGAGCCGGACCUGGAGUUCUGUUUAACGUCAACAACAGCAACAACAAUGAAGAAGAGGAGGAGAAGAAGAAAAAGAAGAAAGAGAAGAAAGAGAGAAAAGAGAAGAAGGAGAAGGAGAAGCAGGAGAAAAAGGAGAGGAAGGAGAAGAAACAGAAGGAGAAGGAGGAGAAGGAAAAGGAGAAAGAGAAGGAGAAGGAAAAGGAGAAAGAGAAGAAGGCCAAAGAGGAGGCUCCCAAGGAGAUCGAAGUGAUUGAUCCGGCGGGUAACACCUACUACCACUGGCUGGCUGUCAUCACCAUCCCCGUCAUGUACAACUGGACCCUGAUCAUAGCCAGGGCGUGUUUCGAGGAGCUACAGACCGACUAUUUGGGACUAUGGUUCUUUGUGGACUUUGUGUGCGACCUCACUUACAUCGCAGACAUGAUCUUCAGAACAAGGACUGGUUACCUGGAGCAGGGUCUGCUGGUGAAGGACGAGCAGAAGUUGCGUGAGCGCUACAAGAACAGCUUCCAAUUCAAGCUGGACCUGGUCUCCAUGAUUCCCACCGACUUGCUGUUCCUGGUUGUUGGCGUCAAAUACCCCGAAAUCCGCCUCAACAAGCUGCUCAGGUUCAACAGGAUGCUGGAGUUCUUCCAGAGGACGGAGACCAGGACUAACUACCCCAACGCCCUCCGUAUCUCCAACCUCGUCAUGUACAUCGUCAUCAUCAUCCACUGGAACGCCUGCCUCUACUACUCCGUCUCCAAGGCUAUCGGUUUCGGUAGUGACAGGUUCGUGUAUCCCGACCCGGCGGAUCCAGAGUUUGGUCGUCUGGUGAGGAAGUAUGCCUACAGUAUGUACUGGUCCACACUGACGCUCACCACCAUUGGAGAGACUCCGCCCCCCGUGGAGAACUCCGAGUACUUAUUCGUCGUCACUGACUUCCUGGUUGGCGUGUUGAUCUUUGCCACCAUCGUCGGUAAUGUCGGUUCCAUGAUCACCAACAUGAACGCUGCCAGAGCCAACUUCCAGGCUCGCAUCGACGCCAUCAAACAGUACAUGACCUUCCGAAAGGUAACGAAGGACCUGGAGAAGCGAGUGAUCAAAUGGUUCGACUUCCUGUGGACCAAUAAGAAAGCAGUGGACGAGAGGGAGGUGUUGAAGUACCUGCCUGACAAACUGAGAGCCGAGAUCGCCAUCAACGUCCACCUGGACACCCUGAAGAAGGUCCGAAUCUUUGCGGACUGCGAGGCUGGUCUGCUGGUGGAGCUGGUGCUGAAGCUGCAGCCUCAGGUCUACAGUCCGGGAGACUACAUCUGCAAGAAGGGCGACAUCGGCAGAGAGAUGUACAUCAUCAAGGAGGGAAAGCUGGCCGUCGUAGCCGACGACGGGAUCAAGCAGUUUGUCGUCCUGAGUGACGGCAGCUACUUUGGCGAGAUCAGCAUCCUGGCGAUUAAAGGCAGCAAGGCGGGAAACAGGCGGACGGCCAACAUCCGGAGCAUCGGGUACUCCGACCUCUUCUGCCUCUCCAAAGACGACCUGAUGGAGGCGCUGACGGAGUAUCCCGACGCCAAGGCCCUGCUGGAGGAGAAGGGAAAGCAGAUCCUGAUGAAGGACGGACUGCUGGACCUGGAGCUGGCGGCUCAGGGCCCCGACCCCAAAGAGAUCGAGGAGAAGGUGGACCGCAUGACGAGCGCGCUGGACACCCUGCAGACGCGUUACGCCCGACUGCUGGCCGAGCACGAAGCCACUCACAGCAAACUGAAACACCGAGUCAACCGGCUGGAGAGGAAGCUGGCACCGCCACGACUAGAGAAGAAGAAGAAGCAAAAGAAGAAGAAGUUGGGUUAAAACCAAGAGGAGCAGGAACGGGAAGUCUUUAGAGGAGUUACAAAAAAACGAUUCACUUCACGUCACCGGUUCAUUUCAGCGUUUCAGUCUUGA